AUGUACGGGCGUGAUGAGCUCAACGACAAUGGCAUGCUACUGUUGAACUUCGCAACGGAAAACAGGCUAGCUCUCACGAACACGUUCUUUGAGACACGCAAGGGCGGAAUAUGGCACACAUACAACGGUGUGUCGGGAAACGAUUGCAAGCGCCUUGACUACAUCCUGACAAGGCAGGCACAUCACGGCCGAGUAUCUAACGUGGUCGUCAUCCCCCAGCCGGUUCGCCCAGUCAAAGCAGACUCAGACCACAAUAUGGUAGUAGCCACCGUCAACCUCGGUGGCAGGCUUGCCCACAACCGUGCAGUCCGGACUAAACCGAAACAGAAGCAAUUCAACCGACGGGAAUUGCAGUUCGAAGCAGCACGGUGUGCGGUGACUAAUCGGUUCCUCCUCAACCUCGACACACGACUGGACGAGCGAACAACCACCGCCGCGGAAUUGGCGACCGACUUUACCAAUGCUCUCCUCGACGCAGCGCGGACGACCCUGGGGGAGGAACCGCGGAGACGCCGCACGCAGGAGUGGUGUGAGACCCCAGAGACGCGAGCAGCGCUGGAGCAGGCCCUUACCAAACGUCGGGAAGCGCGCCGGGCGAUGAGGGGCAACUGGAAGUCAGCGACGUGGAGGGUUCUCAAAGCAGCGUGUAAGGGAGUGGCUACAGCAGUCGAAACGGGCAUUUAUGCCCACCUGGACGGAUAUGUGACUGAGCUCGAAGAAAUCUACAAAGAUCGCGACAUGCGAGGACUGUACCAACACCUCAAGAGAUCAGUGGGCCUCAGCGGCAGACAAGCGGGGGGACAGCAGUUCGUCGCGGAUGAGAACGGCGUGUUGCUCUGGAACAGGGACGACAUCCUCCAGGGGUGGGCGAGAUUCUUCAGCACCCUACUCAACACCAAAUCCCCCACCGUGAACCCAGACAUCAUCGAACGAAUGACGCAGCGGCCAGCGACACGUGACACUCAACGGUUGGGAGAUGUGCCAGAACUCGAGGAGGUGGCACGGGCAACGAAAGGCCUCAAGAACUGGAAGGCACCCGGCCAUGACUCCCUCCCUGCCGAGUUGCUCAAGAUCGAUGACGACGAACCCUUCGUCCUGGGAAACCUCCAUACCAUCCUCGUCAAGGUGUCGAACGGAGGAGAUAUUCCGCGAGAGUGGAAGGAUGCAACCAUCAAGGUGCUGUACAAGAAGGGUGACCGGUCCAACUGUAACAACUACAGGGGGAUUUCGCUACUAUCUCACGUAGGCAAGGUCCCCAUCAAGAUCAUCACCAACCGUCUAAGCGCCAUCUGCGAAGCCAACAACAUUCUCCCGGAGGAACAGUGCGGAUUUCGACCCGGGCGAUCCACCGUCGACAUGCUGUUCGUCGUGCGCCGCCUCCAGCAGCUGGGGCGAAGAAAAUACCGCUCUACAUGUGCUUCGUCGACUUGAACAAGGCGUAUGAUUCGGUGGACCGAGAGAUGCGAUGGAAGGUGCUGGCCAGGGCCGGGAUUCCCGCGAAGCUGAUCGAAGUCAUCCGCCAAUUCCACGAUGGAAUGCGGGCCCGGGUGCGCAUGGACGACGGAGAACUAUCGGACUGGUUCUUCGUGACACAGGGCAUGCGACAAGGAUGUGUGCUAUCCCCACUGCUGUUCAACAUCUUCUUCGCUGAGGUCCUCGAGGUCGUUGUCAUCCGAUUCAGCGAGGAUGAUGUUGUUCUGCGGAGCCUGGUGUGCUUGGAGGAGGGGAAGACGGAAGCGGGGGGGG